UUCCUUAAUAAAUAUUUAAGGGAUAAUUGACUGCGUGGAAAAUGCACGUUCUCUCUCUUCCUCGUUUCAACUCCCCAGAAACUCACUGAACCUGAUUUCACGGGACAGGUGCCUUUUUAAAACGGCAGAAGACGGUCCGCUGAAAGAGGAAGACAGGGUUAUGAUUAUAUCUCCAUUAACAGCUCUCCACAAGUUUGUGCAAGUUUCAUGACCCACUAUGUCAGUAAACUUGAGCAAAAACGGACCCGCGCUUACAGACGCUUAUAAUGAAGUGGUGAACGGGAGAACGGCCACAAACUGGGUGUUGUUCACAUAUGAAGGCAACAGUAAUGACAUUCGGGUGGCAGGGAAGGGAGAUGGUGGGCUUGAAGAAAUGGUGGAGGAACUGAACAGCGGCAAAAUCAUGUACGCCUUCUGUAAAGUGUUGGACGCCAGCUCUGGAGUUCCCAAGUUUGUGCUCAUCAACUGGACUGGCGAGGGAGUCAAGGACGUUAGAAAGGGUGUUUGCGCCAAUCACGUUCAUUCAAUGGCCAAUUUUCUGAGGGGUGCCCAUGUGACCAUCAACGCCCGAUCAGAUGAUGAUGUUGAGCCUGCAGCCAUCAUGGAGAAGGUGUCCAAGGGCUCGGGUGUCAACUACAACAUCCACAAAGAAUCAAAGCAGAACAAUAAUUGUGAACCUCCUGGACGUGUGGGUUCUGUUUAUAAAAAGGUCAGUGCUUUAGAUGAAAUCCAGAGUACGGACAGAGACAACUUCUGGGCUAAGGCUGAGCAAGAUGAAAAGACUCGCCGGCAGGAGGAGCGCAGGAAGGCAAAUGAGGAGCGGCAGCGUCUGGAGAAAGAACAGAGAGAGCAUGAUGCUCGAGAGGCAGACGAACGAGAACGAAGUCGGAGGGAGAAAGAGAAAGAGAUCAACCAACAGAGGCAGUUUGAAAAGAAACAAGAGGCAGAGAAUAAAGAACAGGAGCAGAGAAAAUUGGAGAAAGAGCAGAAGGAACACCAGUCUCCUGUCAAAGCAGGAAUACUGCGAUCUGAGUCUGUGCAGAAGGCCAACGAGGCAGCAUCAGUCAUCUCUCAGCGAUCCAUCAAUCCCAGGGAGCUGUUCAUGCAGAAGGAGAGAAGUUUGGCCAACAGUGCAACGACUUCUUCAGCCACCCGACCAGGUCAGUUGAGAAGCCCAUUUUUAUCCCAGCAAGCAGUCAGUGCAGAAAACCCUCCCAAUGAAAGCAGGUCUCAGCCCUUAUCUCCACUUCGCCCUGCGGCAGCCGCCUCGGUUUCACAUGUACCAGCUCCAGUCUCUCCUGUGCGUGAAACUACUGCUUUCCCAGUAGAAAAGGAAGGUGAAGAAAAGCAGCAAUCCUUUUUGUUUCUGUGGUUUGACGUUAUAUAUCAGUUAAGUAAUAAGCUGCUUUAUGUCUGUCUUUCAGACCCCUUCUCUGGUGAUCCAUUAGUAUUUGAACAAGCCCAGGGUUCUGAAGAUGAAUGGAAUGAUUCAGGUGAGGAGGGAUCGAGCCCUGAUGCUGGGAAGCAGCAAAGUUAUGAUCUAAACGACAUCUACACGGACGUCCCCUCAAAUGAAAGUCUCUAUGAGAACGUUAACCAGGCUUUCCAAACCCAUGCUGGUGAGGAAGAGGAGACAGGCGAAAACCAGAACAUCUGUGCAAGAGCACUAUAUGACUAUCAAGCUUUGGACGACACAGAGAUCACCUUUGACCCGGAUGAUGUUAUCACAGGGAUCGAGAUGAUAGAUGAGGGCUGGUGGAGAGGUUACGGUCCUGACGGUCACUACGGAAUGUUUCCUUCUAAUUAUGUUGAGCUUCUUUAAGUCUUCAGUAACCAGUUAGAGGCAAUAUCAUUUGACAAAAUGAUUGUGGUUCAUUAGUGUGCUUUGAUGGUGUUACUGGGUGUUUGGAAAAACGGCUUUCUUACUUUAUCCACAGGGAUGUGCAGAGUUCCUCAGGGGCAGUGCUCAAAUGUAAAAUAGGGGCAAUGUAAAAAAAAUAAUAAUAAUAAUAAAAUGGAUAGGUCAAAAGCUUGGAUGCAUUACUAUUUUAUAUUUUUGCAAGAAGUCACUUAUGAUCAUCAAGCCUGCAUUUAUUUGAUCAAAAUUUUAAUAUACUUUAAAAUGUUUUGCAAUGCUGAUUUAUUAUCCAAAUAAUGUUCAAUAAAAGUUUUAUGUUAUUUUCAUGUUGAUUCACGUUACUUCCUGUUUUUACAACUGAUUAAGGUGUUUAAAUAGACACCGAAACGUCUUGUUGAGCUUUUUAUAUUCCAGUGAUUUUAAUAAAAAUUUAAAUUUUUGC